AAGUCUAGGGUUUUAAAAGUAAUUAGGCUUAAAGAAAACCAAAAAGAGAAAGGGAGAAAGGGAGGCAGGGGGGAGCAGCAUUCUGAAAGAGAAGAAAGAUCGAGAAAAGAAAGAACGAGGAGCGAGACCAAACCCUAAUUAGGGCUGGACGACGAAAGAGAGCAAGGAUCCAGUCAGCGAAAGGUGCCCAGCAAUGGCGGCCGCCGAGGGAACGAGUUCCGCCUCGUCUUCGUCUUCGUCCGCGUCGGCGGUGGAUUCGUACAUCGGAAGCCUCAUCAGCCUCACCUCCAAAGCCGAGAUCCGCUACGAGGGCGUCCUCGUCUCCAUCAACCCCCAGGAGUCCACCAUCGCUCUCCACAACGUGAGGUCAUAUGGAACUGAAGGACGAAAGAAGGACGGUCCUCAGGUUCCCCCAAGUGACAAAGUAUAUGAGUAUAUUCUGUUCCGAGGAAGUGACAUCAAGGAUUUGCAAGUGAAGUCAUCUCCAGUUCUUAGUAAGCCCCAGGCACACAGUGAUCCAGCUAUUAUUCAGUCACAUUAUGCUCAUGCACCUACUACAAGUACAUCGGCUUCCGCUGGGGCCAGUGCUCUUACUGGUCAAGGCUCCCAUGCUGCAUACUCGUCUUUAGCCAGGACAUCAUAUCCAGAUACAUUUUCACAUUAUCAAUCUGGGGCUACUCUUGGUUCCCAGGCCUCCUUGCCUGCUUCUACAAAUACAAAUGGGACCUCAUCUAGUGCACCUAUGUAUUGGCAAGGAUAUACUGGUGGACUAGAUGGCCUGACUUCUGCUCAACAGCAAUCAGUUCUUUCACAACCCUCUUCCGCAAUGCCACAAGAUCAGUUGCAGUUACCUUUAAGUCAGGUGCCAACAAGCAUUCCAUAUUUCAUAGAUCCUGCCCCUUUAACCUUCGCUCCUGCUGCCACUUCUUCUCAUUUUGGAAUUUCUAGCCCUGCUGAUGUAUUGUCAUCAGUAUCUAGUGAUGCUUCUCAACCAUCUCAUUCAAUGUCAUCUCUACCUUAUCCAUCGACAAAGUCCUCACUUUCUUCAUCAAAUCAAGCAUUAAAUGCUUCCAUGUAUUCAAUAUCUGGCAAAGCUGGAUCCUCAGCACUGCCAAUCCUUUCCAUGCCGAGUUUACCUUAUUCCUCAGCUUCAAUCUUGGGAUCUGCUGCUCCUCCUUUAACUACAUUGCCUCCUCUGCUGGCCCAUGAUCAGUUCUCACAAUCUAGACCAAAAGCUUCCUCCUUUAACCAGAGACUGAGCCUUGAGAAAGAAGACAUGGCGGACAUGUUACCAUCAUCUUCGGACCAACCAUUGUCAGUUAGUUCACUGCCUCAGGGACAGGUUGGGGUGGCUCAAUUUACCGAAGAAUUUGAUUUUGCUGCCAUGAAUGAGAAGUUCAACAAAGACAAAGUUUGGGGGUCGCUUGGGAAGUCAAAACCGAGAAGAGUAGAAAAUGAAAUAGGAGAAAAUCCAGCUUAUGAUGAUUUGGAGGUUGAAGAGGGUUGUGAACAAGAUCCCAAGCUUGACCGCAAACUUGUAUAUAAUAAAGAUGACUUCUUUGACAAUCUUUCUUGCAACUCGCUUAACCGAGGAUCAUGGAGUGGCCGUGCCAAGUUCUCUGAGAGAAUGAAAUUGGACACUGAGACUUUUGGCGACUUCCAGCGGAGGACUCAUUUGGCUCGUGGCAUCCAAGGGCCUUCUCAUUCUGGUAACUUCAGGGGAUCGUACCGUGGAAGAGGUUAUGGAUAUUAUAGUGGGAGGGGCCGCGGAGGAUAUAGAGCCGUCUAGAAGCUUUUAUCUGUUUGGUUUUCUUAGUAUUUGUGCUUUUGCUAGUGUGAUCAUAUCAGUCCUGCUACUCCACCGUCUGGCGGCUCUCAAAACCACUCUCUUGCCCGCAUCAAGCCAUAGCCUCGCAGAAAUACUGUCUUUUUGAAACUUUUGUUGUCUCUACCUGCUAAUUUGUCAUGGUAUGGCCUGCCUUUUUCUCGCACAGGCUUCCUUCGUUGUAUGACAAGGCAUUUCGCUUCUCUUAAUAUAUAAUCUCUAGUAAUUUGAAAUAAAGAACUGUUGAUGUACUACUUACCAGCAUGUAUAUCUCUCAAGUGGUGAGAAAAGAAUGAAUCUUUAUACAGUUAUGAAUGACUUGUUAAUUUUGGUAA